AUGGAGGUUCAAGUGAGAGAGGACUCGCAGAGACGGUCGAGCAUCAAACGUCCUUGGGAUGAAGACACGGCAUUGGCAGGAAAGAGCAAUGGAUGGCAUGGCGCGCUAUUACCCCCAAUCGACGACGUACCUUACCAUAGACCGCAGGCACCGCAGAGGGCGGAACCACCUAUACCAACUUUACACAACGGAUAUGACCGAGAAUCAACGGAACAUGGUCCCAAGAGACCGAGAUGGACUCAGAACAACCUUCCUAGUGAAGCAUAUGCCCUGAAUGGCACGUCGACCCAUUAUUCGCGGCCGCCAGCUCACCCCAUAUCCAGUCACAGUAGCUCAAGCCAAGCGCCAUUGGGAUCACCAAGUCUGCGCCACAAGCAGGCGUGGGAGGCAUUCGACCGACAAUGUAGAGAACCUGUGCGGCCUCUGGCUGCUCAUGAGACUACCGAUCUAUGUCAAAGAUGCAGGAGAAUGCUCAAUAGCCCAGAUCCAGAUUCAAUGGGAACCUGUGAGGACUGCAAGAGGAAUCCCGAGCUAAUCCAUCUCACCAAAGAAGCUGCGGCAGGCCUUACCCAGCUAGUGGAGACCCUUAGUUCAGGGAUCGCAUCCGAUCAGAGGGAUGUCAUUCGUGAGCGUCUUGAGCAGCGUGAAGAUGGAACUCCAGAAUGUCCUCCUCUGGCUCAAUUUGGCUUAAAUCAGACUUUGCAUUGGAUUUUAUCAAGGAUCAAUCACGUCAACAGCCUCGCCGACAAACUAGUACAGCAUGUUCCCCCAGGCUCUUUACCGAAGCCUCAGAACGAGUUGUUAAGAAAUGGCAAUUACCGUUCAGAAAGUCUCCCUGAUAUAAUGAAACGACGAGUCGAUUCCGAGCCGGACAAUGGGUAUAGGCCGAGACCCGACGCUCCUGAACCUCCGUCGGAAGAUCUUAGAAGAAGGUCUGUAAACAGAGAAGAUUUACCGUCUAUUAGAUCCCAAUACGAUUACCAUGGGGUAGACAGCCCUAGCCGAAGGAACAUUAUGAAUCCUCCCCCUGCACCAGCAAUCAACCGCCAAUUACCAUCUCCACCCGGUCGAUCUCUUUCAUCACCUACAUCUAUCAACUUCCCAUCCCCUUCAGCAGCAGCCUCAUACGGGAGCACACCACAACCAGUCAACCUUCCACCUCCUUCAAGUCUACACCAAUCGACUCUGGGCGGCUAUCUAUCACAGACCGGCUCUGGACAAUCCCCAGAAAGUGCGCUACAGGCUCAUACCGCCGCUCUCCAACAUGAGGUGUCGGUUCAGAAAAUUGCAUUCUCGUCCCUACAAGGCGAGCACGACAAACUUCUCGCUGCCUACUCACGAUCUCAAACGCGGGCUAGUGCGUUAGAGAAGAAGCAUAACGUAUCCGAUGCAGAGAUAAUAAACCUGACCGAGGACAAGCUGAGACUGCAAGCGCAAGUCAUUGAGCUAGAGCGAGAGGUGGAAGACUUAACACGGAGCAGGGACCAGUCUAGGCAAUCUGCGGUUCAAGAAGGAGCACAAUAUGUCGAGAUCGUCCGUCGGGCUAGUCAAUUGGAGGCAAGGACCAGCGAAGAACGAAAGAGUUGGAACACAUUAAAGGCAGAAAUGGAAAAGAAGAUCGAGGCACUGAACAGGAGUGGGUCGAAAGAAAUCACUGGGUCUUCAAAUCAUACACCCAACUCGCCAAUGGUGGAUGUGAUGGAUACACCAGCGGCUCUACCAGAGCCACCACCCGUACUCAAAAUCGAGCCGAUGAGCGAACCUUCCUCGAGUCAGAUUGAGAAUCAACCUUCGAACGAAGUACCACCGCCACUCGUAUCACGAAACCAAGAAUCAGCAGAGGAACUCUCGACAGAAAUCCAACGUCUCCAACGUCGCUGUAUAGAAAUGGAAGACGCGUUACGAACAGUCAGAGAAGAGAGUCGUUCCAUGGAAGGAAUUGUCAAAGCGCUCAGCCGUGCAGGGAAAACUAUCACGGACAAAGCAAACCGCGCGCUGGACAUAGAGUAG